AUGAUCGACAACCUGAGUUUGAAGGUGACUUUUUUGGAAGAUGGAAUCACUAUUGUGCGAUACCCUGAUGCUCGAGCAGGGCAGCCCAUCCCACAAGAUGACAUCUGCAAUGCUAACACUGCGUAUGCUACUGUGGACUGGGAAGUUGCACGGUGGGCUAAAUUAUGCGGUCCAACUUCAACCGCAUUUUUGGACUUACUCAGUAUCAACAGAGUCCAUGAAAAGCUUGGUCUUUCUUACAAAAACUCAAGGGAAUUGAACAAGAUCAUCGACAAGCAGCUUCCUGGUCGCCCAAAGUUCAGGCAUGAACAAAUUGUCAUUUCAGGCGAGGCCUUCGACAUUUUCUAUAGGGACAUUAUCGAGUGUGUCAAGGCUCUGUAUGGCGACCCAGAUUUUGCAGAUUUUCUGGUCUUUGCACCAGAACACCACUAUGCAGACAAGGAACAAACUGUCCAAUUGUUCCAUGAUAUGCAUACUGGUAAAUGGUGGUGGGAUACCCAGAAAAAGCUUGAUCAGCGCAAACCGGGUGCUACUAUCAUUCCAAUUAUCAUUUCGAGUGACAAGACUCAAGUAACGAUGUUCCAAAAUAAAACAGCCUACCCAGUCUACCUUACUAUCGGCAAUAUUCCUAAGGAGAUUCACCAAAAGCCCUCUCGUCGUACCCAUAUUCUUCUCGCUUAUCUUCCUACCACCCCACUGCUGGAGGAAGCUGGCUUAGAUGGUAUUGUUAUGAAAAGUGGCGAUGGUAUCCUGCGUCGUGGUCAUCCCUUAUUUUCUUGUUUCAUUGGUGACUACCCCGAGCAAGUCUUGGCUACAGGAGUCAAAGCCACGGAAUGUCCCAAAUGUGACAUACUACCAGACAAACUUGGAAGCAAUGCCACACCUUUCGAGAUGCACAACCUUGAUGUCGUCCUUGAUGCAUUGGCUGCAAUUGACCAUGGAGAUAUCGAAUUUGUGCAUGCAUGCCACGAAGCUGGAAUUAAACCCAUUAUACAUCCGUUCUGGGAGCCUUUACCCUAUACCAACAUCUUCCAAGCCAUCACACCAGAUGUACUCCACCAAUUAUAUCAGGGUCUAAUCAAGCAUCUCCUUGGUUGGCUGGCCGAGGCAUUUGGAGCAGCCGAAAUAGAUGCCAGAUGCAUCACUAGCCUCUCACGAAUUAGUGGUACAGAGCAUAGUCAGAUAUGCCGUUUUCUACUUGGCAUCAUUGUCGACAUCCGGCUCCCCAACCAACUUGCACCGAGCCAUCUCAUACAAGCUGUCAGAGGUUUACUUGACUUCUGGUACCUUGCGCAAUAUCCUUGCCAUAGUUCCAAAACAUUGACUCUUCUCAUGGAAGCUCUCGAUCUUUUCCAUGACAACAAGCAGAUCUUUCUCCAUGCAGCCCGGCACUAUAUGUCGAUGAUCCAGACUUUUGGCAUGACUGACAAUUAUAAUACAGAAUAUACUGAGCGCCUCCACAUUGACUUGGCCAAAGAUGUGUAUCGUGCGACAAACCACAAAGAUGAGUUUGUCCAAAUGACUCAGUGGCUCAAAUGCAAAGAGAAGAUCGUUCGACAUGAGAGGUAUUCUCAUUCGACACCAACCACAUCCACCAAACCUCAUCUGAGUGUGAAAAGUGUCCCAAUUCAGAAAUUAGUCAUGGAGUAUGGGGCCACGUACUUUCGUGAGGCACUUGCAAGAUAUGUUGCACAGCUGCAUCAUCCACAUGAAGCCACCACUCGUCACCGCCUCGAAGACCUUGCUGCCACUAUUCACCUCCCAUUCCGUACACUUCCUGUGUAUCAUGUAGUCAAAUGGCGAUCUGUUGAUCCACAGGGACACAGUGAUCUGUGUGUCACGGUGGAUAGCGUGCACGUCAAGCCUCGCCGUGUAGCCACCAGUCAAACAGGCACUGACGUCCCAGCACGAUUUGAUACCGUGCUUAUUAAUGAUGGGACUGGCCGUUCUGUAGGUAUUGAAGGCUACCAUGUGGGUCAGAUUCGCAUCAUAUUCUCGAUCCCGCAGAAUUCUAUCCCAAUGAUGUUCCCUACCACAAUCCAGCCUCCCAAACAUCUCGCCUAUGUAGAGUGGUUCACUCGGUUUCCUCCUACACCUGAUUCAAACCAUGGAAUGUUCAAAGUCAGCCGCGUUGUGCAAUUGGGUGAGAGAGUUGCAAGCAUUAUACCUGUCGCAAAUAUCCACCGAAGUGUUCAUCUUAUUCCAAAGUUCGGACCUGCCGCACCUUGUCAAUGGACAAGUAGUGAAGUCCUUGAACAAUGUAACACUUUUUUUGUUGAUUCUUAUAUCGAUAGGCAUACAUUUGUGACAAUUAGAUAG